AUGAAAAAUAAAAGUGAAAAAAUUCUUAUACUUUAUCGUGGACUAAAAAUGGAAGAAGAAGAACUUAAAACUUUAAAACAAAAUGAAGGUAGUUUAAUAUCAACAAAUGGUUUUCUAUCAACAAGUCGUUCAAAAAAUGUUGCACUUAAAUUUGCUAAAAAAUCGCCCAAACGUUCAGAUAUUGUUCCAGUUCUAUAUGAAAUUGAAUGUAAUAUACAAGAAUUAGAUACAAUCAUUUUUGCUGAUAUUACAGAAUUUAGUGUUUAUGCAAAUGAAUCAGAAGUUUUAUUCGAUCUUGGAUCAACAUUUGAAAUAAUUUCUGUUAAAGAAGAUUUUCAAUUAAAUCUAUGGUUAAUUAAAUUAAGAGCUAGUAAUAAAGGAACAAAAAUUGCUAAAGAAUAUAUUGAACUUAAUAGAAAAGAAGAAGAAGAAACAAGUAUUGAACUUAUAUUUGGUAAAUUACUAGCUGACAUGGGACAAUAUGAUCAAGCAUUAAAAUAUUUUCAAAAUUUGUUAUUAGAUGAUCAUACAGAAAAGGAUGAUAUUGCAACAAUUAAUAAUCUAAUUGGAACGAUUUAUUAUCAUAAAGAUGAUUUUAAACAGGCACUUCAAUACUAUGAACUGGCUUAUAACCUAAUGAUGAAUAAUAAACCAAUAAGAAUGAAAGAUUCAGUAAAACCAUUGACAAAUAUAGGUCUUGUUUAUCAUCGAAAAGGUCAAUACGAUCGUGCAUAUGAAUUAUAUAUGAAAUCUUUAGCAAUAUAUAAUAUAUAUUAUGGAAGAGAACAUAUAAAAUCAACCAAAAUACUUAUGAAUAUUGGUAAUAUAUAUACAGAAACUCGAAAAUAUAACCAUGCAUUGCAAUAUUAUCAAAAUGUUCUAAAAAGUCAACAACAAUAUUUAUCAUCUUAUCAUAUUGAUAUUGCUGUGACAUUGAACAAUAUUGCAGUCGUUUAUCACAAAUUGAAUAAUCUUGAUCAUGCAUUAGAGUAUUAUGAACAGUCAUUGAAUAUGAAACAAAAAAUACUUCCACCCAAUCACAAAGAUAUUAUUGUGACCAGAAAUAAUAUUGCAAAGAUAAAUAAAAGAAAAUAUCAUCUUCAGUUUGCAGCCAAUGCCAAACCUGUGCGAAAAUCUCCAGUUCAACAUAAGCUUCAAUACGCACCAAUGGCUUAAAAUUUCGAACAAGGUUCAUCAUCAUUUGAUGUCGUUAUCUAUGUAAAGAAAUUUGAUCAACAUCAUUCAGGAGACAGUACAUUAUCAUAUUGA